GCCUGGUAACUAAAACGUUAUCCAUCAGCACAAUGUUUACCCGUUAGUCUAACCCACUACCCCAUCUCUGUGUUUGUCUGCACCUUGAAGGCCUACUAAUUUACAUUUUGUUGUAAUAUCACACGUUGUAAUACGCCUCCCCGCCACCUCCCCUGCUUGCUUUUAUUUUUGCAGAUGUUGCCACUGAGCACCGUAUGAGGACAGUUACCUUUGCGGUUGUCUGAUGCGGGAAACGUCAUAGCGGCUAAGGACACUGGAUGCAUAGAAUUCUGCGGAUCUUAGCACCUUUGGGUAGAAGUACCAUUCCACCAGUUCGGAACCCUAUCCCCUCCUUUUUUUUUUUUGUCAAUCGCCAUCCUACGACAACCUGCGCUAGGAACGAAGACGGGGAGGGGGAGGCGAGGACACACCCGCAUUCUGUACCUCUCCAACGCCGGUGCGCGCGAGUGGUGAUGCUGCAGACAACAUGAUGAUCGUAUUAACGUUCCCGAAUAGGAAAUAGAUGUGUUUCUUCUUCUCAGGAUCUAAAUCACCGGAGGGAUUAGCACCGGAGGGAUUGUUGGCCACUGGCUAUUUACUCCCUGAUAUCAAGUGACCAAUGGGAACAGCAACUAACACCCCGUUUUGAACAAGGUGAAUGCUGACAGAUCCAUCCAUGAGGUGAGCCAACCGGUCUUUACGGCAUUGAACCCCCUCCCUCUCCUCCAUCCCCCUCCCUCCAGUUUCCAGGCUGCAGGGCCCAGCCCCACUGAAAAGUGCAGGCCUCCUGCUCCCCCCGCAGAAUGACUGUAGCUACUGGUGACCCGUCUGACGAGGCGGCAGCGCACCCGGGGAACCCGGCGGAGUACGACCCUGACGCUGACCAUGAGUGCUGCGAGAGAGUGGUCAUCAACAUCUCCGGGCUACGUUUUGAGACACAGCUCAAAACCCUCUCCCAGUUCCCCGAUACUCUGCUAGGGGACCCCAAAAAGAGGAUGCGUUACUUCGACCCACUGAGGAACGAGUACUUCUUCGACCGCAGCCGAACCAGCUUUGAUGCCAUUCUCUAUUUUUACCAGUCAGGAGGGAGGCUACGGCGGCCGGCCAAUGUGACCCUUGAUAUUUUCUCAGAGGAGAUACGUUUCUAUGAGUUGGGGGAUGAGGCCAUUGAGCUGUUCAGAGAGGAUGAGGGUUUCGUCAAGGAGGAAGAGAGGCCGCUUCCUGACAAUGAGUUUCAGAGACAAGUGUGGCUGCUCUUUGAGUACCCAGAGAGCUCAGGACCCGCUAGGAUUAUCGCUAUCAUCUCCGUCAUGGUCAUCCUCAUCUCUAUCGUAAGCUUCUGCCUGGAAACCCUGCCCAUCUUCCGCAACGACGACGAUGAACCGCACAGUGUCUUUGACACCAACACCAACACCACAAUCUACUUCACGUCCACCUACUUCACUGACCCAUUCUUCAUCCUGGAGACACUGUGCAUCAUCUGGUUCUCCUUUGAGUUCCUGGUGCGCCUCUUCGCCUGCCCCAGCAAAUCAGGCUUUUUUGGUAACGUCAUGAACAUCAUUGAUGUUGUUGCCAUCAUCCCCUACUUCAUCACCCUGGCCACAGAGCUGGCUGAGAAACCAGAGGAUGGCCAGGCCGGUCAGCAAGCCAUGUCCCUGGCUAUUCUCAGGGUCAUUCGUCUAGUGCGAGUCUUCCGAAUCUUCAAGCUGUCGCGACACUCCAAGGGGCUUCAAAUCCUGGGCCAGACCCUGAAGGCUAGUAUGAGGGAGCUGGGUCUGCUGAUCUUCUUCCUCUUUAUUGGAGUCAUACUGUUCUCCAGUGCUGUCUACUUUGCGGAAGCUGAUGAGCCCGAGUCACAAUUUGAAAGCAUCCCUGACGCCUUCUGGUGGGCUGUUGUCUCCAUGACGACAGUAGGAUAUGGCGACAUGGUCCCAACCACCAUUGGUGGCAAGAUUGUGGGCUCCCUCUGCGCUAUUGCAGGUGUGCUGACAAUCGCCUUGCCCGUGCCCGUCAUCGUGUCCAACUUCAACUACUUCUACCACCGUGAGACGGAGGGCGAGGAGCAGGCCCAGUGCCUAGGCCCAGUCGCCAAAGAGGACUCGAAUGAAGAGCUGAAGAAGAGCCGGAGCGGCUCCACCAUCAGUAAAUCAGACUACAUGGAGAUCCAGGAAGGGGUGAACAACAGUAUUGAGGACCUCCCAGAAGAGAACCUCAAGACUCAGGCCAACUGCACGACCCUGGCCAACACAAACUAUGUCAACAUCACCAAAAUGCUCACAGACGUGUAGCCAGCUUGCAUUGUCCUCUCAGUGAGGUUGAGAGGUCAAAGGAUGGGGCAGGUGUGUAGCCUCCCAUUUCACAUGUGCUGCUGGAAUCUCAAGGCAAUAGAUUCAGGAUGUAUACCUGUACUCAUCAUUUCUUAGUGAUGAAAAACACCAAAAACUAUGUGCUCACUCCUUCCCUAACUUCCACUGUUAGCGCCUCACACCUUGCCCUCAAACUGACCUUCUGUCAGACUUUAAAUCGUAUAAUCAAAAUGUAGCUUGUUGAUGUCUGCAUGGAGUUGGCUUUGUCAGUGUGACUUUUCCAAUAGUCAAAUGACCUGCUCACAACAGUAGUACAAAAAAAGAGGAGAAAUUUAGUAAAAAUGGGAAUUUAUCGCUUCCAGAAUAACCCCAACACCAAUCCUGCUUCAGCCCCCCUGCGCCUGCCGCUACCCUGGUCAAUUCUGCUUCAGCCCCCCUGCGCCUGCCACUACCCUGGUCUCCCUCCUGUUUGCGUGCUACAAUAUGCUGCUUCCUUGAGCAAACUAAACAAACCUGUCCUGUGGUGAACUACUUGGAGAUUACAGAACGUGUGAACAUAAGGCGGGCGUGCUCCGUUGCUGCCCACUGGACACAGACUUCAGCUCAACGUCUAUUUUUGAUUUACAUUUGGCUGAGUUGUCAACUAACGUGAAUUCAACACGAAAUAAACAAAAAAAUGUCACCAUGUCAUUGGAUUUAGGUUCAGAGUUCGAUGGGGAAAAAAAGAUGAAAGUCCAUUACAUUGAUGACGUCAUUACAUUGCAUUUUUGGGUUGAAAUGAUGUGGAAACAACGUUGAUUCAACCCGUUUUUUUUGCCCAGCGGCUGAGGCUUGUCAUGGCCUGAGUCUGAGACACACGAGGGGUGUGGUACUAGUAGUACUUCACAUUAUUUAAGGAGGACAUCCAUCAGCUCCGUCAGCUCUGUCAGCUCCGUCAGCUCCAUGAUGGUUUCACAUAUUUUCUUCAGGAACAUCAGUAUCUGAUGAAUGACUGACAAAAGCCUUGACUUUUCACUGCUCUAGUCUUACGUCGUUUAUGUGUUUACUGUACAUGGCAAUGCAAGCUUUCCCUCCUCCACUCACCUGAACCUGUGUUACUGCAGCUCUGAGGACAAAGUGAAUGUCUCUUCCUCUUUCAUUUGUACUCGUUUACCACUUAACUCAUAUAGAUAGGUAAGUAGUUGUGACUGUAACCGUUACUGUAGCUAGAUAGGUACUGUAGGUAGUAACUGUAGCCAGUGGAUUGUUGCAUGUAGUUCUUAUCUGAAUGAGUAUUCUCACACACACAACUAUCAUUGCUUCAAAGACACCGUUUAUUUUCUUGCCCUCUAUAACCUUUUAUCACACAUAUGAAGGGAUGCCUAGAGGUUGUUAUCUAACAUAUGUAGGCUAAACGGUUGUCUAAAAGGAUACCAUGCCCCAAACCAGCCCUAUAGCUUGGAGGAUAUUGUAUUCCUGAAAUUUGACCUAAAUGUAACAUUCCAUGUAGAGUUCAUUGUCAUUAUCUUGUUGCCACACCGCUGAGCUGAAAACAUAGAGAGGUGUUUAUAUACCACCGACAUUGCAGCUGAGCUGUAAUUUGUGGCAAAAUGUUAAUUAAUUACAGCACCCAUGCAGUGUAGUUGCAGCGUUAAUCUCAGUUACAGACAGACUCGUCUCACGGCUGCCUUGUACAACUGGGUCCAUUGUGUCUUCAUGAUAAACUAUUGGGAUGACUAAAGGGACAUGUAUAAAAUUAUGUUUCCUUCCUAAACUGCCUUUAAAACAAGUAGGCUUACUGAAUGCUGCUCUCCUAGUGUUGCAUGACCUCCAUACAUUCCUAGAAGCAUGAAUUGAAGUUCAAAGAUGCCUAUGAAAACUAUUUAAUAAGAUACCUAUAUUUAUCUCAAUAUCUACUUACAUACUUUAAUCUGUGAUAACAAAGCAAUCUGGGACGUAUAAGAAGGGGAAUUUACAUUCAGCUGACGAUUUAGAGAUGAGGAUGACCAUGACGGAGAUGAUAGCGUUAAUCCGAUAAUCCUUGAUGAUAUGCAGAUAGUUGCUACGUUUGUUUUAUGAUAUGAACAAUGACACUUUGUUUAUUUUCAGCACUGAUGGUGUAGACCUAUUUCAGGGACUGUUUGUUGGACAGAGUGCCAAAGACAUGCAUGCCUAAUACACUAGCGAGUUCACAGGAGAAGUGGAGGUACAGUAGUCUAUCUAUGGUAGUUGCAUCCCUCAAUAACAAAAUAUGAGCAUUAUCUAAAUAUUAUCAUCAUACUCGAAUGAGAGAUGGUUUAUAUUGCUAACGGCUGAAGUAUGUAGCCGUGUAGCAACUCUUAACUACAGAGUUCUAGGUCUCUCACGACAUUGCUGAGUCUGCUGUCUUUCUACAUCUUUUCAUAGUGGUCUUCGGGACACAGGAGAGUACUAGCAAAACUGAGGAUGUUUAGCCACGCUAACAAAAUGGUCAAAAUGGAUUCCGUCUUAUUUACCUUUUGGUAAAUAUUGGUUGGCAUAGCCACAAGGAUGUUAGCUUUGACUCUAAUAUGUCUGGUCUGUUGGCUCGUUUACGUUUUAGGCCUAAAUGUCUGCCACCAUUGCCGCAGUGUGUACUCACGCUAGAUGGACUGAAGUGAGGUUCUUAGCUCCCUGUCCCUCCCUCUGUCUUUACCAUGUUCCUUUCCUCUCUUGUGUCUUCAAUUGGCAGUACCUUGAGCCACUGCAAUCACUACUUAUUUUAGAGAGAUGAAAUGUGUUGGAAAGGAACUUGAAUUGAAAAAUAAUCUGGGGCUGGAACCCUGCUUGUUGAUGCUUCCAUUUGCAUUAUUAUAACAUUAUGUUAUUAUGUUCACCAUUAUUCUAACAGUAACACUUCCCAUCUAAUGCCAAUGCACCACGCUGUCCCCCAACCUUGUCCAAAACACACAUCAUAUACAUUAACAGUGCAUGAUGUGGAUAGGUACACAAUUAUGUGGUGUUUGUGUGUGUGUGUGUGUGUGUGUGUGUGUGUGUGGGUGUGUGUGCGUGUGCAUGCCUG